AUGUCUUUAUCCUGGAGACGUGAUUUCGGCGCGGAUGCCAGUAUAUUACGAGGGGAGCGAGUUUCUUUUCCGUUCGACUUGCCGUCAACGACGGUGCACGGAACACUAGAGCACCUCGUUAUACCGUAUUUCGGGGGAACAGCUGGCGAGAAACAGGCGAUUAUAUUCGGAGACAGAACACUGACUUUUACUGAAUUGAAUGCACAGGCAAAUGCAUUGGCCAGGUCGUUACGGAAACGUCUUGGUUACGGGAAACACAGAAACCCAACAUGUAUCGGGUUGCAUAUGGGUCCGAGCGAUAGCGUUAUUGUAGCUAUCUUCGCAGUCCUGAAAUUAGGAGCAGCUUACCUCCCUCUUGAUCCGAAAUAUCCGAGUAAAAGGUUGAAGCGAAUGGUGGAGACAUCGAAACCGCUAUGUGUUAUCACAGAUGACGAGAAUUGUGUGGAGAUGGGGAGAAUCGUGCAACAAAUACAGAGUGAAAAACGACCGGAUUUGUUUAAAUUUGACGACCUAUCAGGGAAGCAAGCUAUCAGGCUAUACGACUAUAGAUUAGAUGAAAGCGAUUUACUGACGGACACUUCAUUUAACCGCGACUCGCCGCCGGCCUGCAUUCUGUACACAUCUGGUUCAACUGGACUUCCCAAAGGAGUUAUAAUCUCCCAUAAAGCUAUUUUACAUCGCGUUUCCGCGCUCUGGAGCUGCUUCUCUCUCACCAGUGAAGACGUGGGAUGCUUCAAGUCAUCGCUUAGCUUUGUCGAUUCUAUCUCGGAAAUAUUCGGUUUCACGUUGCAUGGCAAUCCCAUUGUGGUUGCACCUUAUUGUAUAACAUCGACGCCAAAGCACUUCCUCGAUCUCCUUGACAACAGUGACGUCACGUGGUUGAUGUUGGUACCGACACUCUUGGAUGAGAUCCUAUGUGUCUUAGAAAAACGUUCAUCUGACAGUAGCAGCGACAGUGACAGUGACAACGACAGCGACGGCGACAGCAAGAGUGGAACUAAUACAUUGCAAAAAAUCAAAUACUGGGUUUCAACAGGUGAAGACCUUUCAAUCCAACUUGCUCAGAGAUUUUUUGAUAUUUUCCCAGAACAAAGUUUGUGUAAUAUUUGGGGUGCCACAGAGCUCACCGGGGAUGUGACACAUUCUGAAUACAAGUUAAAAGACAUGGACGACGUGAGAAAACUUGGGAAAAUGCCCAUCGGUGCCCCAAUACAAAAUACGAACAUCUAUAUAUUGGAUGAGAAUAUGCAACUUGUUGCACUUAACGAACGCGGAAUAGCCUAUGUGAGUGGACCAAAUAUUAGCGAUGGGUAUCUGAACGAUACAGGAACAAACAGUAUUGAAACACGACACACUGUUUAUGACGCCUAUUUUGACCCAAAUAAGGCUAAAGCAGAUACUAAACGAUUCUUACCAAAUACCUUUGACUACCACCCUCAGCACCAGACGCUCUACAACACCGGUGAUUACUUACGCGCUGUUAGAGGAGCAACCGGGGAGAUACAGCUUGUGUUUGAGGGACGCAUGGAUUCCCAGGUCAAAGUUCGUGGCUUCAGGAUCGACCUAAGUGAAAUUGAUGCUGCUGUCUAUGAGAUACCGGGCGUGAUGCGCGCGCAUACGUUCUGUCACACAGGGGAUGAUAAUAAGAAGACAUGCGUGUCUUAUUUCAAAGCACGUGACUUCAGUCCAGCAUGCGAUGUUGAUAUAGUAACAGAACAUCUGAAAAUGACAUUGCCAUCAUUCACUAUCCCGACUGGAAUUGUUCCUGUAGACGAAUUUCCACUUCUACCAAAUGGAAAGGUGGAUCCUGCUGCACUUCAUGUGGAAUAUAAAGAAUCUUUGAUGACUCCAGAAGAAAGGGAGAAAGAGAGAGAAGAGAAACAAAGACGUGAAGAGGAAGAGAUCCAGAGGCAAAAGGAUGAACUCAAACGAAUUGAGGAAGAAAGAAAGGAGAGGCAAGAAGAGCUGGCAAGACAAGCUGAAGAAAGGAGGCGAGAGCAAGAAGAAAUGAUGAAGAAAGCUCAAGAAGAAUUUGAGAGGAAACAGGAGGAAAAGGAAAAACAAUUACGUGAGGAGCAAGAACAACUGAGACAAGAGCGGGAGAUGUUAGCAAAAAAAGAGGAGGAAGCUUUAGCAGAAAAGGAAAAUACACCAGAACAUGAAUCAAGUAAUGAAAGUGAAAAUGAAGAAGAAAAGUCUUCUUCUGAUGAAGACAAAAAAGAAGAAGAAAAGGAAAUAGACGAAGAUGAAGAACUUGGAUCAGAUGAUGAAGUUGUUUUGACUCCCACAACAAUGACAGAUGGAUUGACUAAAUUUGCAGUCAUAAAACUUACUUCAGCACAUGAACAAGAAGAAGGCGAAAAAGCAAAACUUGUAACAGCACGCUCAAUUGAAUCUGACACUAAAGAUACAGAAGAACAGACAACUGAAGAUAAAAAUGAUGUAGGAGUAAAGAAACCAGAAGAAGAAAGUGAAAACACAGUAGAGGAAGAAACAAAACCAGUAGAUGAACUUACAAUUUCAGAGGAAAAUUCAGAUGUGGACAAUAGUAAAAACAAUGAUCCACCAACUCCACCAAACUCACCACUGGAAAACAAAGAAUUUCCAUUUAGCGAUGACAAAAUAGAAGAAACAAAGAAGGAUGAACCAAUGGCAGCUGAGCAGGCAACUCCUGAAAGCAAAGAAGAGUCUGUGAGAGAGGAAAAUGAAGAUUUGAAAGUGAGGAGACAGUUAUUUGCCAAUGAUGAGGACCAACCAAUUGCCAUUGAGAAUGGUGAAACCCAGGCAGUUAAUCACGCCACAAAUGAAGAGAUUGUAGGCGAAGAGAAAGAUGUUAUAAAGACAAAUGAAGACCAGAUUGUUAAAGAAAAUGGAGAGAUAGCAGAAGUCAAAGUCCUUGAUGAAAAUGGCAAUGAUGAUGAGAAGAAAAUAGCAGAGGAACAUAUAGAAGAGCAACAGAAAGAAACUAACAAAGAAAAUGAAGAUGGUGCAGACAAUGAAAUUGACAGGGAUGUGCAAGCGGAGGAAAUAGAACCAGAAGAAAUAAUAGAGCCAUCAGAAAAUGAACUUCUAAUCAUAGAUGUAAUCUCUGAAGUACUGGGAUUAUCAAAAGAGGAAAUCAGUAUGGAGAAUGACUUUUUCUUACUAGGUGGCAAUUCGUUAAACGCCAUCUUGGCUAUCAACAAACUACAAGAUGGUGGUCUACUUAUGAAGAUUGAAGACUUUUUCCAAGCACAACAUCUUGGUGAUCUGCUGGAUAUAAACUACGAUGUUACCAAUGACGACUUUGAUAUUCCUGAAUAUGAAGCUGUAUCACUUCACGAAUCAACUGUUAAAGAAUUAGAGAUCGGUUGUCAGUUGGCCGUUGAAGGAUUUGUACAAAAGGAACCCUUAACAGUAGCUAUGGACAUUCCAGUAGAAGAGAAGAAAUCCUACCUGGAUACUGGCAUGAAAAUGGUAGCUAUUGAUGGGAAAGACUAUUCCUUCCUGAUAAGGAAGAAAGAAACACACCAGGUGGUUGGCAUGGUAAUUAACAUGGAUUUUAGUGAGCGUAACCUUGACGAUGCAGAAGUACAACAAAUUCCAUCAUCCCAGCUGAAAGCAUUUUCUCAGUAUAGCACUGAUGUCGAAAAGUGGGCCAAAGAUGAACUGGGUGUAACAGACAGUAAGCAGUGGUUGGUUCAAUUAGUGACUGUGAUAUCUGAGAACAUGGACGUUCAUUUGAAGGCUAGUCUGCUGAAACUAAUGCAGCUUGAAACACUAAAAGUUGCAAAGCAGAAGAAUUUUGUAGGAGCAUGUGGCAUAUAUACCCACCCAUUAGCCACCAGCGUAGCGACUGCAGUCGGAUUGGAAACCAACAAACUAUUUGACCCCAUAAAAGAUUACACAUACGAUGGAGAGAAGUACUUUGACAAGAUUGAGCCUCAAGAUACAAGAUUCUGUGUCAUGUCCAAAAAAGUCUGAAGAGCG